AUGAGAGCGUUCUUCCUAGUUCUAACGCUAGCGCUGGCGCUAGCUAGUGCCGCCACAACCGAGGACAAGGAAGACAAGAUCCCGGAGGAGGUCAUCGAAGAGAUUAAGGCUAGUGAUGACAAGCCGGCCGACGAUGAUGACGAUGUGCGCGGCUACAGUUACUACAAUGUAGUGCACGGUCAGCAUGGUGGCGACUCUGGGGAACAGGGCUAUCGCCCAUCAAACUAUGCCCCAUCGAAGAUUGGCUACGGCGGUGGUGGCUAUGGAGGCGAAGGCGGUUAUGAAGGUGAAGGCGGUUACGGAGGAGGUUACGGUGGUGGCUAUGGGGGCUCAUACCCGACACGCCCGCCACCCCGUCCAACAUCGGAUUACGAUUUCCCCAAGCCGAAGCCCCCGCCGAAGUGCAACUGUAAGGAUAUCAUCGAACAGAUCGAUGACCUUGACGAGAAGAUCAUCAAAUCGUUGCUGGAUCUGGAGAUCAAGGCUGACAGCAUCCAGAUAGAUGUUGCCAGCAUCCACAAGGAUACGGAGAAGGUAGCGUUUGUGUCGUCCCAGACGCAGCUGAUCGCUAACGCAGUCGACAACCAGCUGAACAUCGUGCGUCAGAACCUUACCAUCAUUAAAUCCGACGUCGAGGAAUUGACGCAGUUCCAGCAAAACAUUCCAGACCGAACCUACCUGACCGAGGCACUGUUCGGUUUGAAGUGCAGCUAUCCACGCAAAGACAAUCGAGGUGAUGACAAAAUCUACUCUUCCUGUGAGGACCCCAACAUCAAGAAAACUGGCAGCUACUGGAUUAAGGCGAACUUCUACAAACCGGUCAAGGUGGUCUGCGUGCUGGACUACGGCGGUCGUUAUAUGGUGAUCCAGAACCGUUUCGAUGGUAGCGUUGACUUCUACCGUCCGUGGAGGGAGUACAAGUACGGUUUCGGAAACAACGAGGCUGGCGAGUACUGGCUGGGAUUGGACCGUAUCUACCAGUUCACCAAGGGCGGCGCAGCUGAGCUGCUGAUCGUGCUGGAGGACUUUGAGAAGAAUAUGACCUACGCCAAGUACGAGCAGUUCGCCAUUUCGGAUGAGAACGAUCAGUAUAAGAUCACUAAGCUGAGGGGCUUCGCUGGCACUGCCGGCAAUUCGUUCGAAGCUGAGGGAAUGCGGUUCUCGACCUACGACUACGACAAUGACAAGUUCGAUCAGAACUGCGCCGCCACCACACACGGUGCCUGGUGGUACAAAUCGUGCGGUGACAGCAAUCUCAACGGUCUGUACUUGAACGGAGGCACACUGGAGAAGACCGGUGUCUACUGGUAUACGUUCCGUGGAUAUAACUACAGUUUGAAGAAGACCCGAAUGAUGCUCCGACGAAGGGAAAGUUCCGGCUACUGA